AUGUUAUCAUCUAAAACUCUUAAAAAGAAAAAAGAUAAAUUUGUAGAUGAAAAACAAAAAGUACAGAAAAAUUCAACCGUUGAAAAUAUGGAUAAAUUAGUAAAUAUAAUUGCUAAAGCUCGUAAACAAAUGCAACGCUAUGAAAACGAAAAUUACAUAGCUGAUAAAAUUAAAAAUAUUAGACGAUAUAUAAAUGACGAUGUUAUUAAUAUUAUCAAUAUUAAAACGAAAACUGAAAAUAUUAACGAUAAAUUGAUGAGAAUGCUUGAUUUUAUGGAAUUUGAUAUUGAAUCUCGCGUACGUGUACCAAACGAUUCUUCAUCAAAAGCAAAUGCCACUGAUAACAAUGAUACAUCAUCUGUUCAUGAGACUUUAUCACCAACUCAAAGAUGCUUGAAUUUACCAGAAAAAUCACCAUCAGCUGACAUACGAGAAAUGGAUGAAAUUAAUUCAGCAAUAACUGCUCUCAAUCAUGACCUCGACUAUUUGGAAUUACUUCAAGAAGCAGAUAGUGGAUUUAGUGGAUAUUGUUCAAAUGUUCGCUUAAUGAUUUACAAUAGACUAAGGCUUAAAAAACAAAUUCUCGAUAUAAAGUUGACCAAAAGAAGAAUUGAACGGAUAAAUGACAUGUUUAAACGCUCAAAAAUGGUUCAUUCUAUUAAGCUCACUGCAGCAAGUUGA